AUGUGUUCUUGGCCAGGAUGUCUCUCUUUGCUGGUGACGGUGCAGGAUACUGAACGCUAUGUCACACUAUUUGCCUCCAUUGUCCUCAAGUGCGACUACACCACAUCUGCCCAGCUACAGGACGUGAUGGUCACCUGGAGCUUCAAGUCCUUCUGCAAGGACCCAAUCCUAGAUUACUACUCUGCAUCAUAUCAAGCGGCUUUAGCUCUGGGUCAAGACCCAUCCAAUGAUUGCAAUGACAGCCAAAGGACUGUCCGGAUUGUGGCUCAGAGGCGUGGACAGAAUGAGCCAGUCCUGGGUGUGGAGUACCGGCAGCGCAAGAUUACUAUCCAGAACAGAGCAGAUCUUGUGAUUAAUGAGGUGAUGUGGUGGGACCAUGGAGUCUAUUAUUGUGCCAUUGAGGCUCCAGGGGACACCUCCGGAGACCCAGAUAAGGAAGUGAAGCUCAUUGUUCUCCACUGGCUGACGGUGAUCUUCAUCAUCCUUGGAGCCAUCUUCCUCAUAGUGCUGGUCAGUGUGUGCUGGUGCCAGUGUUGUCCCCAGUAUUGCUGCUGCUAUGUCCGCUGUCCCUGCUGUCCAACCCGGUGCUGCUGCCCCGAGGAAGUCCUGGCCCGGCACCGGUAUAUGAAGCAGGCUCGGGCACUAAUCCCCCAGAUGAUGGAAAAACCCCUCUAUUGGGGCGCUGACAGGAGCUCCCAGGUUUCAUCUUACCAAAUGAACCCGCUGCUGCAGCGAGACUUUUCCCUUCAGGCCAGCUUCCCUCAGAUGCCGGUACCCCCAACACCAACUCACCCCCCUGCUGCCAAUGGAGUGCUGGAGUACUUAGAAAAGGAACUGCAGAAACUCAACCCUGCUCAGCCCUCCCCCCCCGACCACAAAACAAGAGUUGGUCGCCACUGCAGCAUGCUUUCUUCCUUGGGUUCAGAAAUUGUGGAACGAAGGAUUAUCCACCUUCCUCCCUUGGUCAGAGACCUUCCCUCCUCCCAGAGGACCAGUGAAUCAUCUCACCAGCAGUGGGGCUCCCAGUUUUCCAGGAGACCUUGGGCUCCGAGGGAGGUGAAAGAGGAAAGGAGGCAGAAUCAUUACUCUGAUUUCCAUCGAGAGUCCUUGCAACCAUGGCCAAAGCCCAAGGUGUCUGAGCACAGAGGCCGUGAGAACUAUAAGGGGAGAAGGCAUUGGACCUCCAGAGAGGAAGUCUCACCCACCUCCAGGCCAUACUCUGAUAGCCUGAGUGAUGAUGGGUCCUAUUCCCAGGAGGCCAACUGGCGCCCCAACCACUCUACACAACACAGCCGCUCUCCAGGGAGGCGCCAUCGGCCAAGCCAAAGGGAGAAUACCUACAGGCACCAUAGCCGCCGACACCGAAGCUAUUCCCCGCCAUCUUGCCACAGCUCUUGGACCUCAGAAGAAGAGAAGGAGCGGCAGUAUCGUCAAGGUUGGAAAUCCCACCGUCCUCCUCAACCCCCAAGCUGGACAGAAGAGAAGCCACCAAGCUACCGCUCUCUAGAAGUCAUUCCAGGCAAGAAUGUCAGGAAAAAAGGGAAUGUGGAAAGGCGUUCGGAGAGAGAAAGCUCCCAUAGUGGAAGAAGCGUCAUCAUUUAA